CAAAACUGUCAACAUGGCUGACUCGUCUCCGUGGCAAGCUGAUCAACAAUCAAACAUGCACCAAGGUUCUGCAGUACUGGAGAUGGAAGGAGAUGGAGAUGACUUUCGUAAGAUGAAAGAAGGGUCACAGCAAGAGGGAAACAAAGAUGGCAAGUUCAUGGAUGAUGUUCGGCAGCGUGUUAGUCAAAAUGUCACACAAAUGAUGUGGACUGCAGGGAAACAGAGUGCUCAGAAAGCCUGGAGUAUCUAUGGCAACAUCGACAUUCUGCGGCCUUAUUUUGAUGUCGAGCCUAAAGAGGUUCAGAGGCGGUUGCUGUUUUCCAUGAUACCGCAGAAACCGACCAGUCAGAGACAGCGGAUACAGAAGGAGUUGUAUGGGCCACUGAUGGUGAUCUUCACGAUGAUUGCCUUGCUGCUGUACCAGAUGAAAGUCUCAUCACAUUCUGUGGAGGAAGGAACUCUGAUGGGAACGGCGUUCUUGGUGUGUUUCUCAUACUGGUUCGGGACAUCGUCGUUCAUAUGGUUCCUCAGUUACGUCUGCAACGUCAGGAUAGCGAUGGUGCAGGUGCUGUCCAUGGUGGGCUAUGGACUGUUUGGCCACUGCGUUGUUCUGUUCCUGGGAACUGUCAUACACACAGGUCAUGAUCACAUGUUCUUCUAUCUUCUGUGGGCAGUUAUUGGAGGACUUUCUGCCCUAAAAAUGGCAUGUAUAAUAAUGUCGCGAGCGAGUGGGAAGACAGAGCGGCUGAUCGUGAUCGUGGUUCUAGCAGCAUUACAUCUUCUGUUCCUCCUGUAUUUACACUUCGCCUACCACUCAGUGGUAGAAGAGUUAUCCAGCAUGUUUAAUGAUCAUCGACAUGAGCCAAUUCAGCCCGUGGUGGCACAGAGGAUAGCAGAACAGGGACUGGACAGGAAGGUUGGGAAUGCAGCAGGAAACGUAAUGGAGAAAGUCACACAGAAGAUUGCCGCAGCCUUUCAGCAGCGAGGUCAGUUAGUGGCGGAUUCUGUGGGCAAAUCUGUCAACUCCUCCUCAGUCAAGAGAGUGUUGAGGGAAACUCUGAAAGGUGUUCAGCCAGGCAGGAUUGUCCCCCUUGUCUCCAAGGCUUUAAAUGGAAGUCAUGUGAUCGCUGGGAACGCUUCAAGGAUCAUGUGAUUGCUGAUGAUAGAUCAUUGGUGCAGUUUAGUGAAGACAAGCUACCACAGCAGACUGCACUCACAGGAAGUCGUCUGCCAGGGAUAAAGGGAGGUAAGCCAUGCUCCUGGCUUCAGCUAUUGUGAAGACACUUUUGAAAACUGUACAAAUGUUCUGCAAGUGAGAAGAUGAGAUUCUAUCUAUGCCUGACUUUACCUGGAAACAGAAACCUGCAAUGUGGCACCGUGGAUCUGAACCAGAUGGAAAUACUUGUCAAGUGGAUCCCCAACGUGCACCUCCCCACUGAAUAUGCUUAAUUAAACAUUAUUAAUGUGAUACCACCCUCCCAACACCCUUGCCGCUUAUGGAUCCGUUCCUGUGUUUGAGUUUCCAACAACUCAUCCAAGGGGAAGUGAAAUUAUAAGAUGAUUUACAAUGA